AUCAGUAUUGUCAUUAUUUAGCUAUGUUCUAUCCCUCCCAUCUUCUUCUCUUCUUUUGGUAGCAUCUCAAUGGCUCAGUUUCAUAAUCUCAGAUAAAAAAAAUGUUUUGGUCCCACAAGUGAAAUCUUCUGAUCUUAAUGUCGUGUUACUUUAUCUCACAGAACAAGAAGAACAAGAAGAACAAGCAGAGGAAGUCAAAGAAGAUGGAGAAGAAGCCACAACUGAAGAACAAGAAGAGCAAGCUAAAGAACCAGAAGAAGGAGAGUCUAAACCCAAGCCCAAACUCUUUAUGCCAAAUCUGGUGCCUCCAAAAAUCCCUGAUGGGGAGAGAGUAGACUUUGAUGACAUUCACCGCAAGCGAAUGGAGAAGGAUCUGAAUGAGCUACAAGCCCUGAUUGAGGCCCAUUUUGAAAACAGGAAGAAAGAGGAAGAAGAGCUGAUAUUCCUCAAGGACAGAAUUGAGCAGAGGCGAGCAGAACGGGCUGAACAACAACGGAUCCGUAGUGAGCGAGAGAAGGAACGCCAGGCCCGCUUGGCUGAAGAGAAAGCCCGGAAGGAAGAAGAGGAAGCUAGGAAGAGGGCAGAAGAGGAUGCCAGGAAGAAGAAGGCUUUCUCCAACAUGCUUCAUUUUGGAGGUUAUCUACAGAAGACAGAGAAGAAAAGUGGGAAAAAGCAAACAGAGCGGGAAAAGAAGAAGAAAAUCCUCAGUGAACGUCGAAAACCUUUCAAUAUUGACCAUUUGAAUGAAGACAAGCUGAGGGAAAAGGCCAAGGAAUUGUGGCAAAGUAUCCAUGAUCUAGAAGCUGAGAAAUUUGACUUGCAGGAAAAAUUCAAGAGACAAAAAUAUGAGAUUAAUGUUCUACGAAACCGUAUUAGUGAUCAUCAAAAGGUCAAAGGCUCAAAAGCUACCCGUGGAAAGCCCGUGGUUGGUGGCCGAUGGAAGUGAGAGAUGGUUCACAUCUAAUCUGUGGAGAUGGCAGAAUGGCAUAUUUCCUCUUUGACCAGCCUUUGAUCCAACUUCCCAGUACCUGCAGCAUGAAGAAAUACACCAACUGUUCUAGAUUUUUCACUCCAGGCCACCUUCCAAA